AUGCUCUACGAAGAUGGCAUCCAGCAGGGUAUACCAAUGCACAUCUUCAACCCGAAGCUCUUCAUCGACUACGCCAAGGAGCAAGAGCAUACCACCAAGUUCUCGACCAACGCCAUGAGAAAGAUCAUGGACGCGCUUAUGCUUCGCACUACCAUGUUCACUGAGUUCACACUGCCAGACGGCACGAAAUACUCCAUCGGCAAAGACUUGAAAGGUAUGACAGUUCAGACCGUGGAGCUGUCGCCUCGCGCGAGGGACCGCCGGGAGCUUGAACCGUUCUUUGAGGCUAUGCACAAGGUCUUACUCCGCCCAAGUCCCCGGUUGCUUGGGUUUCACAUGGGUGCGGGCAACGUGCGUGGAACGCCCGUCGUACAAAGGUCGACCGGCGCACACCGCCGACUUGCCCUGGCUUCGACAUCCGCGGAUUUUGUCACCCUCACGCAACCCCGCGCUCGUGUUAUAAGGGUGCUCAACAGCCUUCGGCCCAGGUCACACGGCGCGAAUAUCCCGAUUCCUGAGCAUGGACCCUUGAUCACUCUUGCUGAGGCCGUCAGACAAGCAGCCGAGGGGAACAGGGACGAACCGCAUCUUUCCAGGGACGAACCGCAUGUUCCAGGGGGCGUCGUUCAGGUCAGCCAUAUCGCUGCAAAUGACAACACUCUCGGCUUGCAGUGGUUCUUCUACCUCACGCGAGAGCACCCGCGCCACGCCUUUCCGGUAGACCGAGCUUCGAUCGUACUUUACGUGUGUCACCGGUCGCCGAAGCUAGCAUUCGCAGUACACGAAGCCUUGGACCUGCAGCGGAGAGGAAAGAGUGGAUUGUUCUUCGUCAAUCACCCUCUCACAUCCAUGAUCCUCAACGCCCUCCUCGUCAUGGCAUGUGUGCCCACGCUGCAUAUAACAAGCCAGACCGAUUUGGCUGAGCGAGACAGUGCGGUCGCCAGAUUCGGUGACCCAAGCUCCCACUACGUCGCUCUCGUCACAUCGUUCGCGAUACUGCCGUACGGCGUGGAUUUUCACCGGCAAUGCCACCAUGGGUAUCUGCUGGAGGAGCCCCGCAAUAUGAGCAUGGCCAUGCAGGUCAUCGGGCGUCUGUAUCGUAUCGGGCAGGAGCACGAUGUCGUGUUCAAGAAGGUCAUUUUGCGGAAUACCUACGACUCGGCGUUGGAGCAUAUGGGGCUCAAGAAGUACGCGGAGAUAAUUGCCGCCGACGCCACCAUCGACCCAAGGAUUACAGGAGAGCUUCGCCGCGUCGUGGGGUUUUACUUGCUUCAGCGGUACUUUGGCCAGCAAAGCAGCCGCUUCAGCCGUCUGCACUGCCAAUGGAACCAGAUGGACGACGCUGCCACACGUCUUGAAGGGCAGUUCUACUCGGCCCUUGGGGAGCACAUGUUCAACAAUCCCCAGGACGCCAAGGAGUUCACUGUUGCUGAACUUACCAAGAUUGCAUCAUGCUGGGCCCCUGGUGUUGAACUUGUGUCUGCGCACUUUUCCGGAGAGCCACCUUCUCUGCCGGAGGGUGUGGUGGGCGUACAGUUGCGGCCGAGGGCUGCGAAGCGUGGACGGGAGGAAGUGGGAGGUGGUCAUGGCGAUGGUGACGAAGGGGAUGAGCGCCCGCCCAAGAGACAGGCGACUGAAGAUUUGUAG